GAGCGGCUCGGAGAAAGGGAGCCGCUCCGGAGUUGGCAGCGGUGCAUUGUGGGGAGUGGCCGCCGGGACAAGCGCUGCCGGGAGCGGCUCUGGGUGGCAGCGGCGACCGCCUGCAAGUUCUUCUCGGCGCGGGCUCGCCAGGGAUGCCUGCUGAGUCCUCCUGCUUGACGCCACCAUGUGGGAGCUGAAAUGCCCCCAGCGCAGCCAAACGGAUUUGGCCAUGUUCCUAGGCCACUUGCUGCUGCCCUCGGUGGUUGCCCUGACACUCCUGCUGCCGUCAUACCCAGCUGCUCGGCCCCCUUCCUACCCAUCCUUCUUGGUCCCCAACACGACUUUCAACCACCUGGCCCGAGCCCGGGACACAGGGGCACUGUAUGUGGGUGCCGUCAAUGCCUUGUACCAGCUGAGCCCCGAGCUGAGGCUGGCAGGGCGUGUGCGAACAGGGCCCGCGCAAGACAGCCCCGAGUGUCUUCCUUUCCGUGAUGCACGCGACUGCCCCCAGGCCCGGCUCACGGACAACUCCAACAAGCUGCUGUUGGCCAAUGAGCGGGCCGGGGAGCUGGUGGUCUGCGGGCAGCUCUUCCAGGGAGUGUGCGAGAAGAGAGCCCUAGCGGACAUCAACAAAGUGCUGUACCGUCCCGAGGAUCCCGGCGACAACCAGUUUGUGGCAGCUAACGAGCCGCGGGUCUCGACCGUGGGCUUGGUGGGGCAACACGAUGGCCGUGACCUCCUCUUUGUGGGCCGUGGGCUAACCGCAAAGCUCUCCGGGGGCAUCCCACCAUUCACGAUCCGGCAGCUGGAAGGAGCCCAGGCGUUCUCCAACGAAGGGAUGGGCAAGCUGGUGGUGGGGGACUUCUCGGACUACAACAACAGCUACGUGGCGGCCUUUGCCUCUGGGGGCUAUGUCUACUUCCUGUUCUCUCGGCGUGGAGCUAAGGCACAAAUGGAGUAUCGCCCCUACCUAUCGCGGAGCUGCGUGGAUGACACAAACCUCUACUCCUACGUCGAGCUGCCCCUCGAGUGCCGGGAUGCGAAAGGGCAUGUUUACAAUCUGGCUCAAGCUGGGCACCUGGCAUCCGGCUUCCCUGGGGACGAGGCAACCCUCUUUGUCGUCUCAGCCGCUGGCCAGGGCUCCACUUCCUCCCCGACAGCGCAGACAGCUUUGUGCUCCUACAGCUUGGGCGAAGUGAAUGCCGCCAUGGAGCAGACGCGGCGGCUGUGUUACACUUCGGCUGGAAUGGGUGCCACAAAUGAGCAGGAGGCCGCCAUUGAGUAUGGGGUGACCUCUCGCUGCAAUUUUUUGCCUAAGGAGUCGCCAGAGUCUUACCCUUGUGGGGAUGAGCACACACCCAGUCCCAUUGCUAGCCGGAAGCCACUGGUGGCCGAGGCUCUUCUAACUACCAUGCCAAGACUGACAGCCGUGGCGGCCAUGAUAGAAGCAGGUCAUACCAUCGCCUUCCUUGGAGAUGGUGUCGGGCAGCUGCAUAAGGUUUACCUGAAUGGCACCGUGGCAGAAGUCUACAGCACUGUUCCCACUGGCCAGCGUUCCCCAGUCAGUCCUGACCUGCUACUGGAUGGCAGUGGGGCCCACCUGUAUGUGAUGACGACCUCCCAGGUCUCCAAGGUCCCUGUCUCCGAAUGCCCUCACUUCCAGGACUGUGCCUCCUGCCUGCGUGCCCAAGACCCCUUCUGUGGUUGGUGUGUUCUGCAGAGUAGGUGUACCCGGAAGUUGGAGUGUGAGCGCCAUGAGAUGGCCAAUCACUGGCUUUGGAGCUAUGGAGCUGAGAGCCAAUGUUUGAGAGUGGAACAGAUGUCACCAGCCAAUCAGAGCCGAGAAGAACAGACAGAGGUCUCCAUGUUGGUCCCUCGUCUUCCUGCACUGGCAGAGGGAGAGCAAUAUCACUGUGCCUUCGGGAGCCAAGACAGCCAAGCACACCUGCAAGACUCCUGGGUUCGCUGCCUCUCGCCUGUUCCCCAGCAGGUGCCACCCACCCAAGAGGGCAAAGAUCAUGUGACUGUGGCGUUAGCCUUGAUGUUCCAGGAUGUAGUGGUGGCGUCCGUGGGAUUUUCCUUCUAUGACUGCAAUGCUGUGAGCCAACUUGCUGAUGCCACCCCAUGUGGGACAUGUGUGGACAGCCCCUGGAUGUGUCAUUGGUGCCCAUCUAGUCACCGCUGUGUCCCUGGAGGGCCCUGCCCAGAUGGAGGAGAGGCGCUUGUGUACAAUCAGAAGUUAUCUUCUGAAGAGCCCCAUGGUCCAGCUGCCUGCCCCAGUGUGGGGGGCAUUGGUGAGACCCACCUGAUUCCUGUUGGUGUAAAAAUGCCACUGAACCUGGUAGCCUGGAAUCUGCACUUGUUGGUGGCCCCAGUGACACUCUCCUGUGUACUGGAAGUGGAGGGAACCCCAGUUGUGGUUCCAGCAUCCCUGGAAGAAGGGGACAGGGGCACAUCCCGUCGUGUGCAGUGCCUGCCCCAGGCAUAUAUCUACACACAGCCUGCCCCUGAGCUACAUGUCCCUCUCUACAUCAUGAUAGGGGAAGACCAGCGCCUUGACAGCCAUGGAGACCUGCAUGUGACUUUGUACAACUGUUCUGCCGGCCGUUCUGACUGCAGCCGCUGCAAGGCUGCUCCCCAGCAUUUCCGCUGCGUUUGGUGCCAGCUAGGAGAUGUGCCCAGCUGCAUCUAUGAGGACCUGUGCCCAUCCAGAACUGAUGUAGCUGCUUGCCCAUCACCCGUCAUCCACUCGAUUCACCCCAUCACUGCACCCUUGGAGGGGGGCCUGACUCUCACAGUGACGGGAUCCAACCUUGGCCGUCGCUUUGAGGAUGUGGCCAAAACGGUGACUGUCGCUGGACUGCCGUGCAUCCCGGAUCAAGCUCAGUAUCUGGUUUCUACUAGGAUUGUAUGUCAUGUUUCUCCUGGAAAGCGAGGCUUAUCUGGCCCUGUUCAGGUCACUGUAGGAGACCGUCCGCCAGGGGUUUCUGAGACUCACUUCACUUAUCAGGACCCCACCCUUCUUGAUCUGCACCCCCAGCUUGGCCCCAUGGCUGGGGGCACUCGAGUCACCAUCACUGGGGAGGAACUUCUGACAGGCACUGAGAUUGCUGCCUACGUAGGGGUGCUGCCCUGUAUUCUCGAGGAGCCUGUGCAACCAAGAGCCAUCAUUUGUCGUACCAGUGCUAGCCUCAAGCCACAAGAGGUGUCUGUCUGGGUCCAGUAUGAAGGGGCAGAGCGCCAGCUGCGGGGCAAGACCUUCCAUUACACACCCAACCCCCAACUCACUGCGGCUUCCCCACUCACCAGCUUCCAUGGGGGCGGGCGGAUCAUCUAUGUGAAAGGGACAAAUUUGGAUGUGGUGCAGCAGCCCCUCAUCAAAGCCAUCCUGGAGCCAGAGGAGAUGGCAAGUGGACGUAGCCGGGAGAAAAGAGCCUGCGACAUCCCACUGACCCCAGCUCCACCCCGUCCCUGUGCUGAGGUGGGAAAUAUGUUGGAGUGCUGGGAGCCUUGUUGCGCCAAUUCGUCCACCCUUCUCCUCUGCCCAUCACCUGCUGUGCCACCCAAUGCCCGCUUCCGACAUCUUCGUUUUGAGUUGGAUGGACUCCAUGUCCCCUUCAGCAAUGCCAGUGGAGGCCAGAAUUUCUCCUACAAGCCUAAUCCCCACCUGCGCUGGCCUGGGCGGGAUUCAACUGGACGUCCUUUCAGUCUUAAACCUGGCAAUGUCUUGGACAUAGAGGGAGAAGGCUUGACCCUUGGCAUGAGCAAGAAUGAAGUGAGGGUCAUCAUUGGCAACAGCAUCUGCACUGUCAAGACCCUAACACUGACCCAUUUGUACUGUGAACCCCCACUGCAGCCCCCACAGCCACUUAAUGCUUCCUCUGUGCUCCCAGAGUUCAUUGUGCAGAUGGGAAACUUGCGCCUGGAUCUUGGCCGAGUUCGCUAUGACACUGAGCCACCCUCCCGUUUCCCGCCAGAAGCCCAAAUUGGGCUGGGUGUGGGGGCAGCCGUUCUGGCUUUUGUAGUGCUGUUGCUCAUCCUCAUGUAUAGGCGAAAGAGCAAGCAAGCCCUACGGGACUACAAGAAAGUGCUGGUGCAGCUUGAGAGCAUGGAGAGCAGCGUUGGGGACCAGUGCCGCAAGGAAUUCACUGACCUGAUGACGGAAAUGACUGACCUCAGUGGGGAGCUGGAGGGUUCAGGGAUCCCAUUCCUGGACUACAACACCUACACCCAGCGCGUCUUCUUCCCGGCUCAGGGCGACGUGCCAUUGCGGCGUACGCUGGAUCUGCCCGAGGGGCGCCGUGCCACAGUGGAGCAGGGCCUGGGGCAGCUCUCCAAUCUGCUGAACAGCAAAGUCUUCCUGCUGACGUUAAUCCGAACUCUGGAGGCCCAGCCUACCUUCUCCCAGCGGGAUCGAUGUCAUGCAGCAUCCCUGCUCUCAAUGGCUCUUCAUGGGCGCCUGGAGUAUCUUACAGACAUCAUGCAGACUCUGCUGAGUGAUCUUGCUGCCCACUGCGUCACCCGCAAUGCCAAGCUCAUGCUUCGCAGGACAGAGACCAUGGUAGAGAAACUGCUGACCAACUGGAUGUCCAUCUGCCUCUACUCCUAUCUCAGGGAGGUGGCUGGUGAGCCCCUGUACAUGCUCUUCCGUGCCAUUAAGUACCAGGUGGACAAGGGCCCAGUGGAUGCUGUGACAGGCAAGGCCAAACGGACACUGAACGAUGGGCGGCUGCUGAGAGAAGACGUGGAGUAUCGGCCCCUCAACCUGACUGUCCUGGUGCGGGGGGGCGGCCCAGGGGGUGCUGGUGAGACUCAGCGCAUCCCCGCUCGUGUCCUUGACACAGACACCAUCACCCAAGUGAAGGAGAAAAUACUGGACCAGGUCUACAAAGGCGUCCCUUUCUCCCAGCGCCCCUCGGUGCACUCCCUUGACUUGGAGUGGCGCUCAGGCGUUGCUGGCCACCUGACGCUUUCUGAUGAGGAUCUGACCUCCAUCACACAGAACCAAUGGAAGAGACUCAACACUCUACAACAUUACAAGGUUCCAGAUGGGGCCACAGUUGGCCUCAUUCCCCGUCUUCACAAUGACAUCUCCCAAGGCACCAGCCACAACUUCUUCUCUGGAGAAAACACCCCAAUGCUAGAGGAUGGUGAGGAUGGGGGGCUACGCCUCUGGCACCUGGUAAAGCCAUCUGAAGAGCCUGAACUCACAAAACAGCAGCAAGAGCGGCGCAGCAGCCUUCGGGAGCGUGCCAAGGCGAUUCCUGAGAUCUACCUCACCCGCUUGCUUUCCAUGAAGGGGACGCUACAGAAGUUUGUGGAUGAUGUGUUCCAGGCUGUCCUGAGUGUGAACCGCCCAGUACCAAUCGCUGUCAAGUAUCUGUUUGACCUGUUGGAUGAGCUAGCAGUGCGGCACGGGGUCACUGAGCCAGACACGCUGCACAUCUGGAAAACAAAUAGUUUGUUGCUGCGCUUCUGGGUGAACACACUCAAGAACCCACAGUUCAUUUUUGAUGUGCGGGUCUCUGACAAUGUGGACGCCAACUUGACUGUCAUUGCUCAGACAUUCAUUGAUGCCUGUACAACUGCCGAGCACAAAGUUGGCAGGGAUUCACCAGUCAACAAACUACUCUAUGCCAGGGAAAUCCCACACUACAAACAGAUGGUGGAGAAGUAUUAUGCUGAUAUUCGACAGACUGUUCCUGCCAGCUACCAAGAGAUGAACUCAGCCCUGACUGAACUCUCGGGGAAAUAUUCCUCUGACCUCAACUGCCUGGUGGCCCUGCAAGAACUUUAUAAUUAUAUUAACAAGUACUAUGAUCAGAUAAUCAGUGCACUAGAAGAGGACCCACUGGGCCAGAAGAUGCAACUGGCAUAUCGACUGCAACAGAUUGCAGCUCUCGUAGAGAACAAAGUUACUGACUUGUGACACUCCUGGGUCCACUACCUGCUCAGAUUCAGCACACAUGAGGAACUGUACAAUCCUAAACAGGUUGACUCAGCAUGAAAUCCCACUGAGUACAAUGGGGCUUAAUUCCCUAGCAACUGUGCUAUUUAGGGUUGCAGCCUUUUAAGGGGGCAAGGUUGAUCCAUACUGAAAGUUCCCUGCCGUCUGUGCACAUGGGUCUGCGCACACACCAUGCCUCCAGUCAGUGCCUUAACUGCAUAGAAGCUGCCAGGCUCUCUCGCACUCGGUGCUCUUUCUCUCUCUUUUUUUAAACUAGCUGCAAAGAGAAUCUUCCGAGUCCAAUACACUGGAUUUGUAAAUAAAAGGGUGUAUUUAUUUCUGUGGCUCUCUGAAAAGGGUGCCACCUACUGUCUCCCACCUUUUAGGGGAGUGGGGCCGUGGCAGGUCCCUGCUGACCACUGCAGUCUCUGGGAUUUGGGGAAUCUACCCCUUAUGACCCCAAUUUCCUGGCUGGUAAUGCACUAAUAUUGGGGUGGAAAUGCCACCUUCCUCUGAACAGACUACUAGUCUUUUAACUUUCCCCAUCUCUCUCCCCCCCAUCCCCCAUUUUAUGUAUAUAUAGGAGCUCCCUGCUCCAGGAUUGUAUUUAUUUUAAUGAGAUUUUGAAGAAUUAAAAAAACCACCACUUUUCAGAAAAGUACUGUUGUCUGGUUUAUUCACACAACCUAAGGGAGGAAGGGAAUGGAAUGCCUUAAACAAGUUACUAGAUGGCAUCCACUUGGUAACUAAGGGGUGAAAGCUGGGGAGACGGUACAUGAACAGCCUCCGGAGGGUUAAGAUGGGGAGGAACUUGUUCCCUUUUGUCAGGCUCUUUCUCACAGGAUUAGUUGAUUAGAAAUUGCAUGUGUUCCAAACCCAAGUUGCUGUGCAUUCUCUGAUUCCACACAUACAUGAAAUACCGUGGUACCUUGGUUCUCAAACUUAAUCCAUUCCGGAAGUCUGUUCCAAAACCAAGGUGCGCUUUCCCUUAGAAAUUAAUGCAAAUUGGAUUGAUCCAUUCCAGACUUUUAAAAACAACCCCUAAAACAGCAAUUUAGCAUUAAUUUUACUAUCUAACGAUACCAUUGAUCCA